GUAGACAAGACACAACACAAAGUACACAACGCCAUUAACCACAUCGAGUCCCUUCUCUGCUUUAGGCUUUUGCCAUCCACUCCAAUCCGCAAGCAAAGCAUACAGAGCACUUGCUGUUUCCGGCGCCUCGCUCUGAACAAACCUGAAAGCCCCCUCAUCACCAUUCCUCUUCCUCCCAUGGCGAUCUCCUUUACUACUCCUCUCCCACCACCUUCCCUCCCAACCGCACCACACCUGCACCACCAACCGGGCGGCUCCAGGCUUCAGUUCAAGAAGGGGAGAACAGGCGAGCCUUUCUUGGGAGGUUGCUGGAAGAAAGGGGAGGAAGGAUGGGGCGCGGCAAGAUCGAGAUCAAGCGGAUCGAGAACUCCACCAACCGCCAGGUGACAUUCUCGAAGCGCCGGAACGGGAUCCUCAAGAAGGCGCGGGAGAUCAGCGUGCUGUGCGACGCAGAGGUCGGCGUCGUCAUCUUCUCUAGCGCCGGCAAGCUCUACGACUACUGCUCCCCCAAGGCAUCGCUAUCAAAAAUCUUGGAGAAGUACCAGACCAACUCCGGAAAGAUACUGUGGGAUGACAAGCACAAGAGCCUUAGUGCUGAGGUUGAUCGUAUCAGGAAAGAGAAUGAUAACAUGCAGAUUGAGCUCAGGCACUUGAAAGGUGAAGAUCUAAACUCGCUGCAACCCAAAGAGCUGAUCAUGAUUGCGGAGGCACUUGAUAAUGGGUUGACGAAUCUGCACAAAAAAAUGAUGGAACACUGGGAAAGGCGAAUGAGAAACAAUAAGAUGCUGGAAGAUGAGAACAAACUGCUGGCCUUUAAACUGCACCAGCAAGAUGUCGUGCUGAGCGGCAGCAUGAGAGAUCUUGAGCUGGGGUACCAUCCUGACAGGGACUUUGCAGCCCAGAUGCCAAUCACCUUCCGCGUGCAGCCCAGUCAUCCCAAUUUGCAGGAUAACAAUUAGGCCUGCUGAAUCUCCCAUUCCACUUGCCGUUUUCAUCCGCCACUGGCUUGUAUGUCCUCAUGCAUUGCCAACUGUAUCUCUUUCUUCCAGUAUGUUUGGAUGAGCAUAUAAUGUGUGUCAGUGCAUGACAUUGCCGAUGCCGUCGAGCUGUAGUACAUGCUCUCAGCUGGUCUAGCUAUCCUCGUUCCAGAUGGCGCCAGCAGUGGAGCUGAAAGGUCAGUAACUUGGUACUGUAUGUUUGUGUAAUCAGUGCAUUUGUCAGACAGUUAAUAGUUUCUAUUCGCAACUAAAACAGUGAGACAAACCAUGAUGUAAUAUUUUGUUUGUUAAUGACAUCUAUUUGGCAUUUCA